GAACUACAUUUCCCUGUUUCUCUCAGCUGUCCGAUAUUACGACGUGUCGUAAAAUUCAGCUAACAGCAAAACCGAGAUGGACACCACCAAAGACCCCUGACAGUUUUUAGUGUUUAUCUAAGUGUUAUCAAAACAUCUUAAUGUAGCGAAGGCAGGCUUCAGCACGCAGGACUGGUCUUGGACAUGGAGGAUAUGGAAGAUGACAGCUUAGACACAAAAGACGACCAUAACCACAACUGUUGUGCGAGCAGCAGUAGCAAAGUCCGCACGUAUCUGAGGAGCCAGCUGUCGGGUGUAGCGACGGUUCUGCAGCCAGCCUGCCCAUUGGUGCCGGGUGGAGAACCGGGGACGCGACGAGGGAAACUGUGGUCCGGCAGCACCGGGGGGUCAAAGUUCAUGGACUCGGAUUCAGGCAGUGAGAGCAGCGAAGUCAGCGAGACCGACUGCACGGCUCCGCCAGCCGCUGUUGAGGGAAAAUUCACCCUGGAGUCUACUUCCAAGUUCCUUUUGAAUGCAAUGGCUGUAGAAGACUACCGGAAAAACCACUGGCCAAACCUGGAGAAGGCAAUUGACCGUCUGCUGAUCCAGAAUCCCACAGACCACAUCUCUGUUUCCUAUGCACAGAUAUACAGUUACGUCUACAAGUGUGUUUGUCAGCAGCACUCUGAGCUCCUCUACAAUGAUCUGAUAAUAAAAUUAACCAAUCAUCUGCAACAGGUUUCCACCCAUCUACAAGCGAGCCCACCCGAAGACUUCAUUGAGAACUUUAAUGUUGCGCUGACGCAAUACACAGCUUCUCUUCAGUGUAUAGUUCCUGUUUUUAUGUACUUGAACAAGUUCUACAUCGAAUCAAAGCUGAACAGAGACCUAAGGGAGGAUCUGAUGAAGCUGUUUGCUGAUUGCGUAGCAGAAAUACAUCUGAGCACACUGAUGCCUCUUCUCAUCAAAGCUCAUUCCAUGCCGUUUCAAGUGCAGCCAUCUACCAUGGCUAGUGUGGUUAAAGGCCUCUACAGCCUCCGACCAGACUGGGCCAAGUUAGCACCGGCUCUCUUCUCCGGGUUUAUCCCGCAGAUCAACCCUCCCGCUGUGGAGUCUCUGCUUCCUGACUACGCUGCUCAUGACCAGAAGUUACAGAUGGAUCUCUCCAUGAAUGGAUUUCCGAGAGGUGACCAGUCUCGCAAGCGUGCCAGCGAAGACUCCUGAUAGCAGAGCCGGAGUCCCUGCGGAACUAUUACUGUGCCUCCUACGUCUUUAUCACAAGUUGGCUCACUGCACUAGGUACAAUGUGUCAGUUUCAUCUCUCUCGACUCAAGGUCACAAAACACUGUGAACAACAACAAGGAGAACAUGAGGGGCUGUUGGGCAGAAGCUUAAUCUGACUGCACUAAAACAAGCACACAGACUUCCAUUAAGGUGCUUCCCCUCUGUGAUUAUGAUGCAUCCUGCUUCAGUAUUCGUAGGAUGCCGCUGUGUGAGUCUCUUCAUGUUCUCCUCAUUUGAAGAGUGCCUUCAUGGGGCCUUCUGAUCGGAUAACCCCCUCGAGGGAUAGGCCGGUGAUGGGUAUUUCAUUCCUAACCUUUAACAUGGAAGAGUCUUUUUGAUAGACUGGGCUAAUCAAGACUUUCCAUUGCUGCUAAUAAUACUGUCCAUGUGAUAAACUACAACUCCCUCAGAUUCACACACUGUGUCUGUAACCUAGUGGCUUCACUCAAAACAAAUGAGUGUUUAAAACAAAAAGAGAACUAAGUCAUUGACCUCAACUCAACUGAAUCUCUUCCUCAUGUUGCCUUUACUGUGUUGGUAAACCGGAUUGUAUUUUCCCGUUACGCCAAAGAGGAUUUGCAGUUUUAUUUUCCUUUUGUAUAAAUAUGCAUUGGAUUCAAGCUGGCAUUGUUAAUGUUGUAUACUGUCUGAGUCACUGAGCCAUUUCAUGUUUUUAUACUAGCAGGUUUUCAGUUUUGGUUGACUUGUUUGUCAAACUCUAACUUUAAACGUACUGUUUUAGCAUUGCAUGCAGGAAGGGCAGGGACUGCCAUGUAGGACAUUACACUGUUUGCCACAAAGCUUAAACAUCCACAGAUUAGCCUUCUUUAAUUUCUAGACAAUUUACCCAAAUCAUCCCGAUACUGUAAAUAAAUCCAACCUGAUGCAUGAGUUUUACGGAAUGAAUGAUAUGCAGAUACUGUUUGGUUCGUGUCAGCCGUGCUUGUAAGACAUGUAGAGCCUGUUCAUGAUGUAAAUAGUUGUUGGUGUUUGCAUAGUGGUCAGUGUACCCUAGCUUUUUGUCACAGAUGCAUUUUUGUUAAAUGAUUCACUUGAAGUAUUUGAUACAAGGUCUUACACUGUUUUAAGUGUACAUAGAUGCUCAGGCUUGCUUUUCCUUUCCCGCGGUGGGUCUUGGUUAUGGUUCUCAUUGUCUUUCAAAUAAACAUAUUUCAUUAAUUGUUGGACAAAGAGGGGAUUUUGUUUUUGUACUUUUCAAGAUUUAAAAUCUG